CAUGGCGUCCAUGGCGGCAGCGAUCGCGGCCUCGCGCUCCGUGGUCAUGAGCGGGAACCGGCCGCUGGACGAGCGGGAGCGGAAACGCUUCACCUAUUUCUCGUCGCUGAGCCCCAUGGCCAGGAAGAUCAUGCAGGACAAAGAGAAGAUCCGCGAGAAGUAUGGGCCCGAGUGGGCGCGGCUGCCGCCCGCGCAGCAGGACGCGAUCAUCGACCGCUGCCUGGUGGGGCCGCGCGCCCCGGCGCCCGCCGACCCGGGGUACCCCGGCGACCCCGAAGACGCCGCGCGCUUCCCCGGCCUGCGCGGGCCCACGGGCCAGAAGGUGGUGCGCUUCGGCGAUGAGGACAUCACCUGGCAGGACGAGCACUCUGCUCCUUUCUCCUGGGAAACUCGGAGCCAAAUGGAGUUCAGCCUCUCCUCCCUGUGCCUCCAGGAGCCGAGCAGUGGCGCUCCCACCAGUGAGCUGAGGCCACUGCCCAAGGUCUCCCAGGGCCCACAGGCCCUCAAGCCCACCCAGGGCAGCAGGUCGUCCAGCCUGGACGCCCUGGGUCCAGCCAGGAAGGAAGAUGAGGCGCCCUUCUGGAAAAUCAAUGCGGAGAGAUCCCGGGAGGGGCCCGAGGCCGGAUUCCAGUCGCUGACCCCCAGCCAGAUCAAGUCCAUGGAGAAGGGGGAGAAGGUCCUGCCUGCCUGUUACCGGCAGGAGCAGUGGGUCCUUCCCAGUGUGAAUGUGGACCGGGAGAGACCACCGCCUGCCCAAGCCACCUCUGGCAUGCUGCCCGAGGACCAACUCUCUGAACCCUUGGGGAAACCACUGUCCCUAGAUACCACACAGGACGAGGACAGCGCUCUGGGUUCAGAGCCCACGCCUACACAGGCUGGCUCCAGCGUCAUCCUGAAGACCGGCUUCGACUUUCUGGACAAUUGGUAAAUGGUGUCGGGCACAGUGCAGCCGGGAGCCGAGGUGUCCAGGGUGCUGUGCCCAGGAAGGGUUUGCAGCCUGUUUCCUGGUUUCACUACUAUUGAUUUUUUGGAAGCUGGUAAAUUUGCCAGUUUUUUCUUCAUUUUGUUAAAACCAGAUAUAUAUGCUAUUUUCAACAAUUUGGUAAUGGAAGUUUUACAUCUGGAAUUUUUAAGGACCAUUAGGAAUUUAGUGGAUCUUGUUAGUAAGCCCUUCCAGCUCUGCCCAUGACCCUCGUCUCAGGAGGCCUCCUCACCAACGUCACCAAGUCCCCACCAAAUCCUGCCUCCUGUUCGUGCCCUCCCUACGCAGCUGGUCUCCUUGGUGGUGGCUGCCACGACCUCGGUCCCUCAUGUUGGCUGCUGCUGUUCCCACAGGAAGAUCUGCCCUCAGGAGCUCCCAGUGCUCACAGCCCCUUGCUGGAGGCACAUCCUGCACCAUGUGCCACCCGCCACCUUGGGUAGCUUCCAGGAAACAGUCCGUCCACACGCGGUGGACAGCGUCCGUGAGCUGCCCAUGGUCACUGAAGUAUCGAUCCUGUUUAACAAGAGCUGCGUGUCUGGAGUCGUGCGCCGACCUCCUGUUAUCCGUACCUAGCUUCAGCAGCUGUGGGCUACCACGUUGCUUGGUUUUGUACCAGUUUCUUUUAGGAAGCUCCCAGCACUUAUGUGACCUGCUACUUGUCCCCAUGCUGCACAUGAGUGGUCGGGGUGGCAGUGCUGCUGGGGCAGAGGCCCCUCUGAUUCACUACUGCUGCUUUCCAGAGGAGACGGGCUGUGGCUGCCCACCCCCAACUGCUCAGGCUGCGUCAAGAUGGGCCCUCCCAGCCCUGACCACAGUAGAGUGGGAGAGGUGGCUGGUGGCCCCAGCAGUAGUGCCCUGGGGCCCCACAGCACCCCAGCAGGGCUUGUCUGGGGCUGGAGCAGAUUCCCGGGCUGUGUGGCAGGAGGGUAGACCCCAGCUGGAGGUCACUGCCCUCACUGUGCCCUGCCCUGUGCUCUGGCAGGAGGCGCCCUGUGCUGUGCCGUGCACACACCACUGCCACUGUGUCCCCUCACCUAAGGCCUUAUUCCCUCGGACCCCUGCCAGCAAGCUUUAGGACCAAAGGGGGGCUUUUAAAAAUACGCUUCCUAGGCCCUUCUGAAGUACUCUCCAGGACAUCAUCUGAUUCCAACUGCCUCCACCCGCAGCAAAGUCUCUGCCAAAGCCAUGGCUAGCAACUGUGCUGGUCCCCACCCUCGCUCUGUGCCCCAGGGCGGGGCGUGGGUUUUACCUCCCUCCUCUGGUCCCUGACUGCAGUGUGGCAGGUAGACAUCCCUCUGUACCACGUGAGCAUUUUUGACGCAUCCCCCACCCCCACCCCCGCCAACUCAGCCCAGCUGGGCACCAGCCCCCUAGGGGCCAGCACUGUCACACAGGGAACCCAGGGCCUCCCCCCUGCCUGUACCUCCGCCUCAGGGUGGCGGCUGAGCUGGAGGCCAGGGUGCUCCUUGCUGUGGGGGUGCUUGCUGGUGUGGGCAGCAGAGAGAGGGCUCCUGCUGGCACGCCUGGUCAGCGAUCUCUCUCCUUGCCAGAAGUCCCCCUUUCUUUCCAACUUUCCUGUGAAUCUCAGCAUUCCGGUCGUCCUCAGAGCUGAGGGGUGGAGCCUCUGAGGACUCCAUGCUCUUGGUCCCUUUGUCUCAGCCUUGCAAGCUCUAGUUACUCUUGGGGGCCAGCCCCCCAUAAGUGAGUGGAAGCCUCAGCAGGGAGUCCUGAGGGGUCUCGUGAUGUUGGCUCUGCCUUCGGGAGAAGUGCAGUCCCCAUCCUGCCUGACGGGUGACCAUCCCCCACAUGGGUGGUCGGUGCAGAGGCGACUUUCCCUCCCCCAGGUUGAAGCUCCCUGUUUCCACGUGCUUCUCCCCCAGACUCCAGGUGGGUCUGUCAAAGAAGGAGCUCAUGAGCACACUCCCCAGCAGAAGCCUGUGUCUGGUCCUGCACCUAGGUCUCUGCUGAGGACCAGCGUCCUGCUCUCACUGCUUUUGCAGAAGCCCUCCAGGACAUCAGAACCAGGGUCAGUGUCACGGGCCUGCUCCUGUCCCUCCGGCCUGGGUGUGGCCCAUGGGGGGAGUGGAGCGGCCUCCCUUUGGUCCUCCUUCCUUUGAUACACAUUUUCAGAGAUGAUGAGUUCUUAUAAUGUGUAACUUGGUUGUAUUUUAUACUAAUUGCCUUUAAUAAAGCCUUUUUAAAAAUGCCA